UGGAGGCAUGAGGGUAAUGGAGCUGUAAGGUGUUUCCAUCAUCUACCUCACGUCGCAGAAAUAAUUAUCUUUGUCCGGUAUUGCAAACGAUAUUGGUGAUUGACGAGUUGAGAACCAAGAUUUAGAAGCCUUCACUUCAGGGUUUGCCAUGGAUGCAAAAACACAAGAGAAUCUUUCAUCGGACAGUCAUCGAGGCCACAGACAAGCAACGAGGAAUGCAUCUGGCAAAAGGAAAUUGAGGCAUGAUCCUUUGCGUGAAAUAACAAUGUCAAUAGUUGAAAAUCAAUAUCAAAGCACCAGGCAGCAGUUUUGUGCAAGACCGUUACAAGCCAAUAAUGUACUGUGUUCACCAUUAAGUUUACAAGAAAAAGAAAAGUUAAAAGUUGGUGAUUUAACAAAGUGUCAUCCCCGAAAUGGGCAACUAGCAAUUGCUUCUGAAGGAUCACAUGCAACCUGUCCAAGUGCCUCGGAUUAUUCGACCAAAAAGUCAUUAGAAUUAGACCUCCAGUCCGAAGACUUAAUUCAAUCUGAUGGUUUACCCAGGAGACCUGUUGGUCCAGAAACUCCAGAAACGUUUUUAACAGAGAGAAAGCGAUUUUCUCGGCGCACAUCUUCUGUUGGAGCCAGAGGAUCUCCAGAGACCAAUAGUCUUAUCUGCUACAUUGCCAAACGGAGAAUGCAGUUACAGGAAUCCCAUAAAGGUGUGAUUCUGAAGAGCAAGAUGACUGGAUUUGUGGACGUGUUUCAAAAUUCAGAACAUGAUGAGAGGAGUAUGUCCACCCCAGAUCCCUCUGAUGUACAGCAAAAUGAUUUUUGUAUUUCAGGUCCAACUUGUUCAGCACAAUGUGAUUUCCUCUCCUUGAGUGGAAGUAAACCACCACCGAAGAAAAAGGUGACUUUUGGAGAAGAACUGAGUCCCGAAGUGUUUGACAAAAGGCUCCUAUCCAACACUCCUUUGCGUGCAGGAGAAACGUUCAUGUUUCAGAAGAUCUUGUUAAGUGAAGGUCCUCUUUCUGCUCAGAAGCAAGUGUCAUUGGUCCAGUUCGGUGUGGGAGAGCAAAUGAACCUGGUCAGUAAGAUGGCUGACAAUAGCAGCCCUGCUGUUCACGAAAAAUGCAACAACGCAUCACUGAAACUGGUGCCAAAAUUAACAGAUUACAUGGAAAAUGGAACUGCUGAAGCUAAGCUUGGUAAUGAAGAGAGCGAUUGUUCAGCACCCAACAGCCUUGAACUGUCGUCUCCGAUGUCAGAACGCAAUGUAAAUCUUCAAAAGAAGCCCAUGAGAAAUGAUGGAUACCCUUGUGAUGUUUUGGAAAUGAAUGUUGAAGAAGUGAAAGAAGUUGUAGUGGAUCAUUCAUCGAGGCACAAUAGCAAAGAGAAUCAAGUUGGGGAUAACAAUGUCAUUUGCCUAAAUGUGCUUAGUGGAAAGAAAACAGAUUCUGUGAAUGAGUCAAAAUUGUCAAGGGUAAUGGAUGAGUCCAAGUGUUCUCGUACAAUUAGUGACUUGGGGUCUUGUGGAAUUAAAGCAGCAUCCCCUGUUCAGCCUGAUGUGCAACAAGUGACUUGUAUACUUGAUGAAAAGUACGAAAAUGGUGAUCUUCAGACCACCGAUGUGUCCAUUCAGGAAUCUACCAAUGAACUUGAGCAAAACUGGUCUUGUGGUGAAGGUGCGUGCCUGGGGAUUCAGAAUGUCACUACUGAUGCAGUGUGUCUUAAUAUGUUUUCAGUGCCAUCUCUCUGCUCAAGUGUGGAGGUAAGCCCAAAAUUUAAGGAAGAGGUCCAACUUGAAUAUCUGUCAGAAAAGCCCAAAGUUGAGGAACCCCGCAGAUCUACUCGGGUGAAGAACAAGAUUAACACUACUUCAAAGAACUCCACGAUGGUAACAAAAGGCAAAUAUAGAAAGAAAGUCAAAAAAGAACUUUAUGGAAAACGGGAAUAUGCUUCCAAGAAACCAUUACUAAGCCCAAUCACAGAGGACUCUAAUAUGUGGCCUGAACCAGAAGAUUUUCCUGAUUGUGAUGGAAAGGCAGACUGGAAAGCUUCAAGGAUGAGCAUUCUUCUCCCUCUUGAGGGUAGUCUUCUUGAAGAAGAAAGUAGACAAAGCACAUUCAACUCUGAAAAGCCAGCUGAUGGACAUGCUGCUUUGCAUGCAGUGUCCAGAGGGGAACAAGUACGAAAACUCAAAAGAUUGUGCAAGAGCAGUCUGCACAACUUUGAGGAAGACUCAAGUGUUUGGAAAUCUGUUGAAAGUGACAGUGAGCAAAGAACCACUUUGGUUAACAAUGUGAGUGAUCACCAGUGUGCACUUGAGAAAGUGAAGAACAAUUUAAGCAGUGGUACUGAUGAAUCGCCUGUAUUGUCACAUACAACAUUUGAUGAGUUGGAAGCUUUGGAAAGUUCAGGUGACAAGAAUCUUGACAAUGAGCCUACUUGGAUGACUGAGACAUUUUCAAACAAGAUUACAAGGAAGCAUCUUUCAGAAGAGUUCCCUAUGGUGAAAAAUAAUCAGAAAGGAACAGAUGGAGUGCAGAUCCUUCUUGAGAAACAACAUCCCAAGGACAUUGAACUCAAACAAUAUUUCAAGGAGGCGGUUGACACAGCUGGUUACAAAAUCAAUCGUUCUUGCUUGGAAUCUGAAUCAAAUGUUGUUCAAGAAAGUGACCAGCAACUGAACGCAAAGUCAGCAAAAAUGGAGGACUUGACUCCUACCAGUAAUUUCGCUGUAACUCAAGAAUCCCUUGUAACAGCAACUGUGCCAUCUGUUGCAAUUCAUUUACCUCUAGCCACUCAGGAGAUAUUUCAAAGCAGAACAUGCCGCAGAAAGAGCAAAAUAUUUGGAGCAGCAGAAUUGGCAUCCAAAAAGCAGGUAGACAAGCCAUUUGUAGACUAUUUUGGAGGACAUGAGGCAUUAGAUGCAAAUGAUAAAAAUGGUCAUGAAGCUGUGAAUGUAACACAAACAGAAAGCCUUGUAAACAGCAUGAUGGGCAAAGGAAUUGUUCCCAAGUAUAAAGGUAACAUUGAGGUUGGUGAGGCCGAAGUAAAAACCAACUUUGGAGCUCUGUUUGAUACCUCAGGCCUCUUAUGUUCAUCGGAACAGAUGAAUAUAAAUGUAUUUGAAACUGCUGACCAGUUGGAAGUGGGAAUCAAAUAUUUAGGUUCUUCAAGAGAAAACUCAAUCUUUAAAAAGAAGGUGAGGCGUAGUGCCCGGCUGUCCGGUGUGAUAAAUGUGGCAGGACUGAGCUGGGUUGAGGUAUCUAGCACUGAACCGGUACAGGAAAAGAUGACGACCAAUAUGCUUCCCAGAAGAUCUUGCAGGCUCACCAAACCAUGGGAAAACAUUUCCAGUGCAGAAGAAUUGGCGAGUAAAACUGAAUCCCAAGCAAGAAUUAGAACUCUCAGGCGACGGUCACUUUCGUGUCUGCGAAGUACGGCUGUUGAUGGUUUGGAAGAAUCUCCGAAGAAAAGCAUGAUAGAACUAAGUUGACCAUCAGAAAUACUCAGGAGUUGAAGAAAUGGGAAGUUGUAUAACAGACUUUCCUGACAUUUGAAUGAAGAUAAUUGACAUUCCAACAAGUUCAAAGAAGUGAAAAUCCAAGUUUUCUUUAUUUAGAGGAUGUUGUUGUUCCUUGCAUAUUCCCUGCCACUGUACCAGUGUGAACCAUGGAGCAGGUACUGAAUCUCUGCAAUAGCAGAUCCAUAGUUAUAUUGUUGAAAUGGAGCGAUUUGCUGUUCUGCUGUGCACAGUGCAAAUUGUUUUGUGAUUAUUUGUCAUUGAAGCAACUGAUAUAUUUAAAGAAAAAGGAAUUGCUUGUGAAAUAAUGUUACUUUUGCUUUGUCAUUUAAAAAACAUUGUUCAGCUAAUUUCAUAAGAAAUAAAGA